AUGGAGGCUGAUUCUGAUACCGAUUCCGACACUGAGACCGAUACAGAUGAUGCCGAUUCAGAUACUGGUACCGACACAGAUGCUGACACCGGCGCUGACGCCGAUGACAAUGACAAUGACAAUGACGAUGCCGAAUACGAUGCUGAGGAUACUGAUGAAUGUGCUGAUGAAUGUGCCGCUGAAGAUGCCGACGGCGAUACUGUGACUGAGACGGACACUGAUUCUGAGCUCGACUCUACGGGCGACGCAGACGACUCACCCGAAACCGCAUACGAACUUGGUUGGCUUACCACACUAGAAGUAUGGACGACAGAGCUAGAUGGUGCAGGCUUAGAACUUUCAGCCUCACUAGCAGAGCUCAUGGUUGUGGAUAAAGAAACCAACUCCGUUGUGACCUUUCCGACAGGGCAAUUAGUUACAGUUGGCGCGCAAGAUGUCACAGUGUAG